AUGACCACUCGACCGAACGAGUACCAGCGUGUUGCGUCGCACGGGCGCGGAGGUGCUGGCAACAUCGCAAAGGACGACCCUACCAACUACCCCAAGCCAGAAGAUCUCGUUACCCCAACCCUCAAGUCCAACACCUACACCACGGGCCGAGGUGGAACUGGAAACAUGGCGCGCAACGACCCCGAGCGUCCUGACCUUGCGCGCGCUGCCCAAGACGUCGAAAGCAAGCCGCACCCAGAGCCACAAGGACCCAAGCACUACGGUCGUGGAGGUGCCGCCAACAUUAUCGGUGAUGGACAACCCGCGCAGCGAAAGAGCGCCGAGGCUAAGCGCAAGAGCGAGGACGAGAAGCGCGAGGACAACGGCAAGGGCCUGCUCGGCAAGGGCAAGGAUUUGUUGAACAAGUUGGGCAAGAAAUAA